AUGGAAGAAUUACUAGCAACGUUCGCAGGAGGGAUGCAUGUUGGUCAAGAAGGAUAUGACCUUCGACAACUUCAAGAAUAUCUCUCUCAACAUUUACCUCUCAAUGAAAACGUCCCUUUAUCCCCUUCUGACAAAUAUCAUCCUCUUCCAUCUCGUUCAUCAUCCUCUACAAGAAAACGCGCCUCUUAUCCUCCUUCCACAUUAUAUGACGAUAUCUCUUUCGAUUGGUCAUCAUCAACAUCGACUUCUUUUUCACAAGUUACCUCCCAUCCUUCCACGACUACCUGGAAUUCAAACCCUUCCACAUCAACCUCACAUUCUUUGCCUUUACCAGUACCUGCACCACAUGUGGCUCUUCAACCUCCUUCAUCUCCAGGAUACGGAGCAUUCACGAGUGAUGCCUUCGCUCCAUUAUGGGCGCAAGGAAUAGAUGAUGUAGAUCAUUCUGGCAUAUUACGUAGUGCUUCAGAACCUCCUGUCCUGGCCUCUGCAUCGGCAUCAGGGUUCGGUAAUCGAGGUGGUUUUGGUUUCUCCCAGAUGGAAAGGAAAGAUGAAGCGAAACCAGCUUCGGAAGGAGCUCAUGAGGGUUGGAAAUGGAAAGGUUUCACACCUAUCAAUCCUCCCACGAGAGCUUUGGAACCGGAUGAUGGAGCUCAAAUGGAUCGGACAAGUUUGGGGAAAGGGAAAGAGAGGGAUGAAAGGGAGCUGGCUGAUAUGGACGUGGACAUGGAUUUGGAUUUGGAUAUGGAUGCCGAAGGAGAGGAAGUAGACGAAGACGACGAGGAACCUCAGAUAAAUGGAGGACGGUAUGUGGGCCAAAGUCUACAAAAGGGACAAGCACAUCUUUUAUUUGGCCAUGGUCAAACGGGGGAUUGGAACAGGGGAAGACGAAAAGAAUGA